AUGGUGCGAGUACUCGCAGUUUUAUACUUUGUGGCUGUGUGCUUAUGUAAAGUAAGCAUAAGGAAGGAGAAAGAAUCAAAUGAGUUUGUACUAUUUAAGGCUGGUGACCAAAUGAAUUUGUACAAUUUAAACAGGCACCGGGUCAUUGAGACGUUCUCUGCACCACUGCACCAAUUUACGACAGUUCACGACAGAAUUACAAAUAUUCCGAAAGAGAGAAAUUCAGGAGUGAUUGAGAAUUCAAGUAAUGUGAACACUCUGCAACCACUGCCGGGUACAGAAAGUAUCAGAAAUAUUGGGGGUAUACGAAAUAAUGAAAAUGUACAAAUAAGCCGAGUACAGGACCAUGGGAGUAUGAGCAUGCAGCGUAUGUGUGAACUGAGUGGUAUUAAUAUUCCGGGUGUACUGUCUAAUAAGAGUAACAGGCAGAUAAUGAGUGGUGGAAUGGUCUUAUCAAAAGAGAAAAGAAUCGGUGUAGAGUAUAUCAGGUCAAGCAUAGGCGUAAUCGUAUGUGUGUAUAAUGAAGUAGUAACAAAAAUAUUCAGAGAGGGUGGUGUGGUUGAGUAUAUUGACAGGGAAAUUACAACAAUCAUAAACAGAACAACUGUCUGUAGAGAGUCUAUCUAUACCCCUAUUAUAUCCUAUUUGAUGUCAGUGCAUAAUACACCUAUUUACCUAUUAAAGGAAAUAGAUAAUAUGUACUAUUUCUCACAGAUAAUUGUAUCUGACGUAUCUGAGGGUGACAAGGUUAUACUAGACAGAGUAUUUCUGUGUAUGUUAUGGACUGGGCUGAGUAUUGGAGGCAUCUUCCUUUUUAUUCCUGUGAUUAUUCGUAUAUUCGGGUAUAAAGAUAAUUCUAUUAUUAUAAAUAAAAGCUGUACAGAUUCAAGAAUGUUCUUGGGUACACUUUUCGGGAAGAAGAGUGUAUUUAUAAGAACAUUUGAAAAAACCAGUGAGAAGGAAGUAAAGGAGUACCAAAAUCUGAUUUUAUUAAACAGGAUACAGACUACGUGUAUGUACACAGAAGAAACAGAUGAGUAUUAUUACAUGGUAUACCCAAAGGAGAUUCAGAGCUUAUCAGAGCUUAUAAGCACUCCAAGGAGUACGAUUGAUAUGUUAUUUAUGGUAUACGCAUAUGUACAGGAAUUACACGAUAAGGGCAUAGCCGGAGUGAAUUUAUCUGUACAUAAUGUAUUUAUUACGCAGAUGAACACGAUUUUACUGCUGGGUGUAGAGAACAUGGUAAUUACACAUGAAAUAUUGAAGAGGGCAGAAGUACUUGCUAAGAGUGAAGGACCACCAAUUACCACAGAGCAUUUACACUGUAUAGACAGAAAGCAUCUGGAAAUAUGGAUGCGUACGGAUUAUUCAUCAUUAGCAGAAUUAUUCUACAGUACACAUACGAGCACACAUAAUAAUCCAAGAACUACCACAAUUACCACUGGAUUUAGCACUAACAAACCCUUCUCAGAUGCAAUUCCCGAUAUUCUACUAUAUGACUAUAGGAAAUAUCCAAAAUUCAUCAUAGAUGUAAAUACAAAGUACCAGAUAGAACUAUUCGACUGGAUAUCUUCAUUAGUUACCAGUACAGUUAUUCCAUCAAAAGUACCACAUCCACUUUUCUGGACUAACACACAGUCAUUAGAAUUCCUGUCACUUUUCAGUGAUUUCGUAUUUGACCAUCCAAAGCUGAAAGUCUUAGAAACCAGCAGAAUCACUCUCCUCAUGCAAUCAGACCCAUCCAACUGGGAUGUAUACAUAAAUGCAGAUCUUCUUAAUUACUUAACAAGGAAUGGAAAGUACUAUUACAACACAAAAGCACUCAGAGACCUUCUAAGACUCAUUAGAAACAACGGAAGACACUUCCAGUCCAUACCCACCCCAGGCCAGGAGUACUUUAACAGAGAAAUAUCCGUAUUUAUAACGUAUUUUUUUAAAAAAUUCUCAUACAUUAUUUUAUUUAUUUAUUAUACGGCAGAGGAGUACGGGCUACUUAAUGAAAAAAUUUUUGUAGAAGUAUUCCAGCCACAAUGA